AUGGGGGCACAGCAGGACAGUGAUAGGGACACGAGACACGUAGCUGCGGGGGGGGCAGCACAGGUGGCCUCGGGCAAGUCUGGGGCCCAGUGGCAGGGCAAGGCCUGUACAGCCCACGAACCACUCCAGGACUCUCCCAGACCCUGCCUCUGCCCCACUGAUGCCCAUGAGCCAGCCCCUGCCCCACUGACACCCCCCUCGGUGGCCCGGCAGGUGGAUCUGGAGCGGCUGGCGGAGGAGAGUGCGUACUUCCAGGCACUGGCCCGCUCAGGGAUGCAGGAGGCCGUGGCCCGGCAGCUGGAGCUGCCUCAUGUGUCGUCAGGUGCCUUCCAUGCCAUACUGGAGUUCGUCUUCACUGGGCACUUUGCAGUGGGCGUGGAAGAGCUGCUUUCAGCAGGACAGGCUGCUAGCUACCUGCAGGUGCCAGCCUUUCUGGCACGCUGCUGGCCAGCCCUGAAUGCCCACCUGAGCCCCCACAACUGCCUGACCCUGCUACGCUUUGCCGAGGCCAUUGGCUGUCCUGAGAUGCGGGCCGAGCUGUGCCGCUUCCUGAGCACUGAGCUGCUGGAGCUGGCGCCCAUUACCAGGGACCUGGCAUCGGUGCUGCGGGAAGAGCUUGCGCAGCUCCGGGAGCGCGGCCCCCUGCAGCUCUGCCUGCUGCGCAAGGAGAACCUGGGCAUCCAGCCUGGCCCAGAGAUGCAGGCGCUCCGUGGGCUAUACCGCCUCCCGCUGGGCAGGGUGGGUACCUGGCACCGUGCCUCCACCCUGCCCUUCCAGGCCAAGAAGUGGAGCUUCAGUGCUGCCCAGCUGCUCAACUACCUCUUCCUCAUCGGUGGCUACCGAGAGCCACGCGGCACCCGGGGCUUCACCUUCCGCAUGGCCGCCUUCCGCUACAACCCUCUAGCCAACCGUUGGCAGCCCACUGCCCCACUUCUGAAGCGCCGGCGGCACUUCAGCACAGCUGUGUCAGGGCAGCACAUCUAUGCCAUUGGAGGCUGGUAUCUGGACUCGCUUCUGGCGCCAGACGUGAGCACAGCACUGUACGCAGCUGUGGAGCGCUACGACCCCUGGCAUGACACCUGGGCCUUCGUCUCCUCCUUGCCUCUCACCGACAUCACCUUCGCCAUCUCACUGUCCCAUGAUGUGCCACUCUGCACGGCCCAGGCUGACUGCCUCUAUGCCCUGGGCAGUGUGCGGCGCACUGGGGAGAAGCUGCUGCUGCGCUAUGACGUUCAGGCAGACACGUGGCAGGAGCUGCUGCCGACGCUGACGAAGGCAGACACCGACCUGCCAGGCCUCUACUUCCUGGGGGGCUCGGAGCCACUCUAUGUGCUGGGUGGCAACGCCCGGGAGAACGUGCUAACCUCCUUCAGCCCCGAGGCACGGCGCUGGGGCCCCGCGCGCAGCCUGCCCCGGUGCGCUCUGGCGGGGCAGGGCGUGGUCCCCGCCUCUUCAUGGCAGCCCCGGACCUGGGCGCGGUGCUGCGGGUGGAGCUAGACACGCUGGCUUGCUGCCCCCUGCCCCCGCCACCCUUCUCGCUCUUCUAUGAGGCAGUCGUCCUCCUGCAUUUCCCCCCGCCUGGCCCCGACGUGGGCAGCGAGCAAGGCAGGCGGGCACACAAGCCCUGACCCCUGCCCCAUUGCGGGGCCAAACCGUCGAGGCCGAGGGCCUCACUAGGGGUUGCUGCGCUGCUAGGCCCACUCCCACCCCCGGGGGCUGCUGCACUGCCGAGCCGGGCCAACCGCUCCCCCGCGGGACGCUGCGCUGCCGGGAGCGGGCUGGACCCGAGGAGGCGAGCGAGCUGCCCCUGGCUCGGGUACUGCCGCGGGCUC